AUGCGGGGAACAAGACACAGGAGAGCUCGUGGGUUAAUCGCCUACAUGGUAGAUGGUUACGUGCUUAGAGCUGAAUCAUUUCCAUGCGGUUUGUAUAGGAGCAAUAGGAUGUCCCUCGAUAUUUCCAUUCUCCCUCUAUCGAAGCUUCUGCCAUUCCUACGCGCACUUCCUUCUUCACCAACUGCACUGCUUUCUCCUCCACCAACGCCGCAAUGGCCGGCUGCUUUCAUGUCGACCCUGUCUAGCAAUGUGAACACCGAGGAUGAUUUGCGGCAUCCAACCUCUGUAUCUUCGGCGUCGACCGUAACCGACAGUUGGGGCGAUUACGCUCCUAACACGAGGAGGCUGGCAGACAGUGGGGAUAGCUUCAGGGAGUACAACUGGCUGUUGGAUAUCAUACAUGACCAUACGGCUGGCCUGUUUAGACAUAGCAGGCUUUCAGCUCUUGGCCCGUAUCGCCUCGCACAUGUUGUGGAUGAGGAUAGUGAACAAGGAAAUAACAUUCUAUCGACUUGA